AUGGCCACCAACUCAACCAUCCAUCAACCCCACCCCCUCGAUACCCCCGACGACCAUCUCUUCUAUCUAUGCUGGCGCCGCCAGUCAUGUGACUACUGUCUACAGGGCGAUCUCCCCUGUGGCUGGUGCGCUAUUUCCUCAGCCUGCGUGCCCAAUCCCGCCAGGGUGCCGAUUCUGGCCCCCUUCAGCUCAUCCGGAAUCUGUCCUUUGGGUGCCAAGGAGCGGUGGGAGCUGAGGGCGCUGCCGUUCGGGUGUCAUGUUAGCACCAUUACGUUCCUCACGGGCGUCGGGGGGGUGCUAGGGACGUUGGCGGCGUUUGGGCUUGUGGCUUUUCUGGCGUGGGCGGGGAAGAGGGUGGUUGGGUGGUUGAAGGAGACGAAGGCUUGUAGUUUUGGGGGUAGCGAGGCUAGUAGUGAAAAUCAGGGUGCUGAUUGGGGAAGUGGUGGUGGUUUGGGGGGUUUGAGGUGGCGGUUGGGGUUUUCCUGGGCGAGGAGGGGUGGUGGUUUGUCUGGUUUAGGGGAUGAGGAGGAUGAGUUGCGGGGUGGUGGUGGUGAUGAUGAGAGGAGGCCUUUGCUUGGGGGGUUGGGCUAG